UAUAUUCUCAAUUAUAAUUAAGUCAUAUCAUUGAACCAUGGGAACUAACGCCAGAUCUGAUGAUGGCGAGGAUUUGUUCAACCAGGUGUUGAGUGGAUCCGCCAAUAUCCACGAAGGUCUGGGAGGUAUUGGGGAUAUAUUUCUGGUGAAGAAUACAGUUCACGCGGCAGAUGCAAUUGAUUUUGAAGAUGAAGAUGAAUUGGCAGAUGAUGAAGAAGAAGAGGAAGUUCAAAGACAACAGCAAAUUAAAAGCCAAACAGACGACACGGAAGUAGCCGCACAACAGGAUGCUGAUGAUAUGUUUGAUGAUGUCUUUGGCGACGGAGAAUCUCAACCAGUUGGCGGUUCAACCACAAUGGCAACCAAUGAAUCAGAACUUCAACAACAAGCCGAUGCGGACUUCGACGACAUGUUUGGAGAUGCACCAGUAGAUCCAUCUUCAACUCUUCCCAAUGAUAAUCUUUUUGGAGAACUUCUGAAUGGUCUUCAAGAUGAUGAUGGAUUGGAUCUUGGAUUUUUCAAUGAUGAUACCAAUGUAGCCCCUAUAACCACCACCAACUCAGCCACAAACAUCACAACAAUUCCCCCAGAGAGUUCCAACAGAGACGCUUUAGAAACAGAGGCUCGUAAACGUAAACUUGAACAAGAUGAGAAAAGAGCAGCCAAAAAACGUCAACUUCAAAAGAUUGUGGCGAAAAUGGAAAAGAAACAAAAUAAAAGGUACUUGGCAAAAUAUUUCCCAAGUUUCUCACAAGAUAAACCAUAUAACAACCAUUUAUUGUUCCUCCCAUCCGCUCGGUACUUCAAUUAUUUACGAGCUCCAGUUGCCUUGAAACUGAAUGUAAAACCAUUACUUCCAACUAAAGUUACUCUUGAAUUGGAUGUUGAUCAACGAAGGGUUUUCAAAGGUAAGCCAACUAAAAAGAUUGAGAAUAACAACAGCGCUAGUCUUAAAAGUAAAGUUGUUGAUAUACUUCCUGCUGAUUUCCACCAUAUAAAGGAGUUGCAAGAACGAAGCGAACAAUUGAACCCAAAUUAUAAACAAAUCCCAUUCUUAAGUCUGGAUGGUUCAAAUGACGUAUUUAAAGAUAUUCCAAAGGAUUUAGUGUUUAGUACGACCUCUUGGGAUGAUGAUGCUAUUAUUAAUGCUGGAGGUAGCGAAGAUUUAUCCGACGGUGAUGAACCAAAAACCCCAAGUCCUACAAUUGCAUCGACAACCACGUCUAAAGUUGAAAGCAAACCAGCUGCUUUCAAAAAAGUUCCACUCACCCUUGUUGAUGAUUAUAAUAGUGAGGAUGAUGAACAAAUCUUCAAUGGUCAAAUUGCAAAUACUGCGCUCACGCUCAACAUGAAUGAUCCAAACUUGUUACUUGUUCCAGAUAAGACAGACAUCAAUAGAGCUAACACAAAGGCAAUUGUCCCAAUAUCUGAAAAAUUGAUGGAGAGGAAGUUUAAUAUUUCUAACGAUAAUGAAUAUGAAGUAUUGAAAAAGAACUAUAACACAAAGGUUAGAAGUCAAUUGAGUAACUUGACAAUCGACCAUUCCAUUCCUGCAAUGAGAUUACAGUCACCAUACUAUAAGGUGAAAUUGACCAAGCAAGAGGCAAGAGGAUAUCAUAGACCUAAGUUCCAAAUUCGUCCUGGUGCAUUAAUGACAUUUAGCAAGAUUAGAUUACGUAAGAAGAAGAAGGAUAGAGGUAAAACUUCUCACGAGAUUUUCCAAAAGACUUCUGAUUUGAGUAUCACUGAUUCCGGAACAAUUAUUGGGAUGGAAUAUGCUGAGCAAUAUCCACAAAUCAUGUCUGGUUUUGGUAUGGGGUCUAAAAUUAUUAAUUACUACAGGAAGGAACGAGAAGAUGACUAUGCCAGACCCAAAGCACCACUUGGUGAAACACAUGUUCUCGGUGUUGAAGAUCGUUCACCAUUUUGGAACUUUGGUCAUGUUGCCAAGGGAGAUUUUGUACCAACAUUAUAUAACAACAUGGUAAGAGCACCUAUCUUCAAACAUGAUGUUAAAGGUACAGACUUUCUUCUUGUUAGGUCUCAAGGUUCUGGAUCUCACCAACGACAUUACUUGAGAAAUAUUAAUCAUUUGUUUGCAGUUGGUCAAUUGUUUCCAGCAGUUGAAGUUCCUGCACCUCAUUCUCGUAAGAUUACCAACACUUCCAAGAAUAGACUUAAAAUCAUUGUUUAUCGUACAAUGAAUAAGAAUAGUGAACAGAGGAUCUCUGUGAAGGAUAUUUCACAUCAUUUCCCAGAUCAAAAUGAUAUGCAAAAUAGACAACGGUUGAAGGAAUUUAUGGAAUAUCAACGUCAUGGAGAUGAUCAAGGGUUCUGGAAAAUGAAGAAUAAUGAACAUGUUCCAAAUGAAGAGGAAAUACGUACUAUGAUCACCCCGGAAGAUUUAUGUCUUUUGGAUAGUAUGCAACAUGGUCAACAAAUGUUGGAAGAUUUUGUUAAUAUUUACAGAUCACCCGAAAAGGAUCAAAAGGUGAAAGAAGAGAAGAAGGAAAGAGAAGCAAAAGAAGGAAGUAAAGAUGGAAAAGAAGGAUCUGUUCCCAAAGAUGAUGAUCUUAAUGGAGGUGGAGACGAAAAAACCAAAAAGGAAAGAAAGCGGAGAGAUGAUAAGGAAAGAGAUAUGGAAGAUAUUGAGGAAGAGUUAUGUUCAUGGAAUACAUCUCGUAACUUUUUAAAUGCCAACCAGACUAAAGCCAAUCUUCAGCUUAAUGGAGAAGGGGACCCCACAGGUAUUGGUCUUGGAUUUUCACUUUUGAGAGCCACACAAAAGAGUACUUUUGCACCAUUGUUUGCAAAGGAUACAGAGGGACCAAAGACCAACACAGCUGCGCAAUCGCAAAAAAUAUAUGAAGAUGAAGUUUCACGGAUUUGGUAUGCACAAAGACGUUCAUUAACAGUCGAUAACAAUGCUGGACACGACCUUGAUAGUGUCUACCAAGAAUAUAAACCAGUUAAACCUUCAAAAUCCAUAAUUAAUGAUUUUGCUGAUGAAAAGUCCAUCUUGAAGAUUACAAGAAGAUUUAGAGAUGAAAAUAACAUUGUGCAACGUAGAGUGACAACCAUUCGUGAUCCUAUUCUUAUUCGAGCAUAUACAAAGAGGAAGAAGCAAAUAGAGGAUGAUCUUUUACGUAAUGCUGAAGUUGAUGAUAUAAUUCCAACUAAUGAUAAAGAGCUUAAUCGUCUCCGUCGUAAGGCAUUGGAAGAGAAGUUGGCCAAUUUGGAAAAACGUGCAAAGCUGGGCAAGGGUCGUAAAAUAUCCAAGGAUGCCUUGCAUGCCGCUGCUGCUGCUGGAGGAACUAUUAUCGAUGCCAAUACCGUUAUGCUUCCCGAUGGAUCUUAUGCUAUUGGUGGUAAAGGUAUUGGUAAGGGGAAGAGUAGAACAAGAAGAUGUGCAGCUUGUGGUGCAUUGGGCCACAUCAGAACCAGGAAGACAUGUCCGUUAUUUAAUAAGGAGAAGAAUCAACCUGCACCACCUAUUGCUGCCGAGAAGGCAGCAGCUGCAGCAGCAGCUUUGGCAGCAGCAGCUCCAGAUCAAGGUAAUUCUGAAAGUGCUAACCAAACUCCAUCUCAAUCUACAAAUCAAGCCAGCCCUCCAGUACCACCGUUGUUAUAAACAAUUAAGAGUGUCACAAAAAUUUAAAUAAGUUGAUAGAUGGAAUACAGAAAAGUGUAUUAUG